AUGUGGCGCCGCUGUUGCUGCAAUUGCCAAGUGGAUGAAUCUGAUCAGCGUGAAAAUGAUCAUGUCAAGGCCACAACCAACGACAUUGAUGGGGUGACCAAGGGGUUGAAAGAUUCUGCUACUGGAAAAGUCGAGCCGCACAAUGCUGCUCCCCCUAUCAAUAUCCCUGUUCUAUCCUUGGAUGAACUAAUAGAAAAGACCGAUGACUUUGGUUCAACAGCUUUGAUAUGUGAAGGUUCUUAUGGGAGAGUGUACUAUGCGAUUCUUGAUAAUGGAACAAAAAUGGCAGUAAAGAAACUUGAUUCUACUGAAAAUGAACCCACUACCGAAUUCUUGACCCAGGUUUCAUUGGUUUCAAGGUUGAAACAUGAAAACUUUGUUGACAUGUUGGGGUACUGUACGGAGCGUAAUCUUCGCAUAGUAGCCUAUGAAUUCGCCACCAUGGGUUCUCUGCAUGACGUUCUACAUGGAAGAAAAGGAGUUCAAGGUGCUCAACCGGGCCCAGCGCUUGAUUGGAUGCAGCGAGUGCAAAUUGCUGUUGGUGCUGCAAAAGGACUUGAAUAUCUUCAUGAGAAAGUUCAGCCUUCCAUUAUCCAUAGGGAUAUUAGAUCAAGUAAUAUCCUCUUGUUUGAAGACUUCAAGGCAACGAUAGCAAACUUUAAUCUCUCAAAUCAAGCACCAGAUAUGGCUGCCCGGUUGCAUUCAACUCGUGUCUUGGGAACCUUCGGAUAUCAUGCCCCAGAGUAUGCAAUGACUAGUCAACUAACCCAGAAAAGUGACGUAUAUAGCUUUGGCGUAGUUCUUUUGGAGCUUUUGACAGGUAGAAAGCCAGUAGACCAUACAAUGCCUAGAGGCCAGCAAAGCCUGGUAACUUGGGCUACACCAAGGUUAACUGAAGACAAGGUGAAGCAGUGUGUAGAUCCACGGUUGAUGGGUGAAUAUCCAGCAAAAGGACUUGCCAAGGUUCCCCAUACUCUCUCUACACGUGCUCAUGUCAACAAUGUUCAUAUUCACCUCUCUGGAGAUGCCAGUAUCAAGGACUAG